UAAAGGUGACCAAAAGUUUGACUCAUCUACAGUACUAUUUAUCAACUUAACGAAAUUUAUCCCUAUAUAUUUAUAAACUAUUUUAAAUCUCUCAAUUGACUUCGUUAAUGAAACCCUGCAGUACAAUUUCCUGUUUGAAGUUGCACGUUUCAACGAGAGGACAGUGCGGUUAUAUUUAACUAAAAUUUGUUUUUUAAACUAUAUAUAAUGGACGAUGCCACAGGAAAAAAGGUUCAAGAAUACAAAGACUCGCUAAAAACGAAGGCGGAGAAAUUAAUUAUAAAAGGAUUUCCGGAGAAAAUUGUGAAACUAAAUGAACUGUUGGAAACACCAGGAUUUCGUAAUCGGGACUUGUCUGAAGUUCAUCAAGAAUUAAAUAUACCCAUUCCAGAGCCAAUAUUACUCAAUCAUUCCCAGGAUGGUCCACCUAUGAAAAGAGCCAAAUUAGAUAAUAGUUUAGAAGAAGUAUCCGGCACAAAAGUAAUGGUACUCCCCAAUGGACCAGUUCAAUGUAACAAACCUCUCUGCGAGUUAAUUCAUGUAGUCAAACCGUACAUUAGACAACUAUUAGAAGACUCGAAUCUUUUAAAAAUGUGGAUUUCAUUCAUGAUCCCUAAAAUAGAAGAUGGAAACAAUUUUGGAGUUUCAAUCCAAGAAGACACUCUUGCCGAAGUCCAAGCCGUCGAAAGUGAAGCUGCUGCGUAUUUUGAUCAAAUUUCCAGGUAUUUCAUCUCGAGAGGAAAGAUCCUCAGUAAAGUUGCGAAGUAUCCACACGUUGCCGAUUACAGACGAGCCGUUCAAGAAUUGGACGAAAAAGAAUACGUGAGUCUGUGGCUAGUGAUGUGCGAGAUUCGUAAUCGUUACUGUUCACUACAUGAUCUUGUCAUAAAGAAUUUGGAGAAGAUUAAGCGGCCGCGCUCUUCCAAUGCCGAAUCUCUUUAUUAAGAAAUAUGGCACUACAUUUCUCCUGGGUAAAGUGAUAACGAGUAUGACUCACAGUGUGAAACGAUUCGGGGAAGAGUGCCGAGCAUAAAAUGUACAGUGGAAAAACUACUUCGGAGAUUUCGUAUCAGAAUCAGAUAUGCGCUAGCUUAUUUAUCCGCUUUUGGUCAUAUUUCGUCAACUACGAUUAAAUUAUUUAAUUUCUAUGUAUUAUAUAAAUCAUCUGUGUUUUCCAUAAAAUGAAAUCCUAUUUAGAGUGAAAGCGAGGGUUUCCUCGAGUCGUAUGAGCAUAAGUACUUUUUGCAUUUCCGAGCUUUACAAAUGAUGUCACAUAACUUCAAAAUAAAAUCCUUCUUAACAUUUGCGGCAAGCUAUCAUAAAUAAUGAUUUGUAUAUUUGUGAAUUUAUGUCUAAUUUCAAAUUUAUUCUGAGAAUUUUAUAAUAAAUUUUUUAAAAUAUUGGAGAAAUUAAGCUUUUAAAAUGCUCUGUCCUCACUGGGAUAUAAAUAAUAUUAACGAAUCUUGAAAAGUGCUCAGUGCUUCUUUCUCGCGUACUUUAUGCAUGCGACAAAACCAUUUUGAAUGUUCCUCUUCACGAUUUACUAUUAAAUUACAAAAAAAAAUAUAUCAAUGA